AUGGAGAUCACAAACCAACAUGCUGCACUACUCUGCAGCCCAGGUAUGGGCCACAUCAACCCUGUCCUUGAGCUCGGGAAACGACUCGUCACCCACCAAAAUUUCACUGCCACAAUCUUCGUCGUCCCAUUGCACACUUCCAAGGUCGAAUCUGAACUCCUCGACGCAUCUGCCUUCCCACGUAGUCUGGACAUCAUCGAGCUCCCAUCACCUGAUGUUUCUGGCCUUGUCGACCCCGAUGCUGUCGUCGUCACACGCCUCGCAGAAAUGAUGCGACAAGUACGCCCUGCGUUUCGUGCCGCCUUACACGACAUGAUCAAGUUUCGUCAUCGUCGCCCCACCAUGCUCAUCGUGGACCUAUUCGGCACCGAAUCUUUGCCCAUUGCCGAGGAGUUUGGGAUUCCAAAGUAUGUGUACAUUGCUUCCAAUGCAUGGUUCCUUUCUGUAAUGAUUUAUUCUCCAACACUAGAUGACCAAGUCAAGGGUAAAUUUGUUGACCUCGAAGAUCCACUAGAAAUUCCUGGAUGUAGACAAUUAUUACCAGAACUUGAUAUCGUUGACGCUUUGCUGGACCGGAGUAAUCAGCAGUACGACGAGCACAUGCUGAUGGGAAGAGGAAUCCCAAAGGGUGAUGGAAUUUUGAUAAACAUAUGGGAGGAACUAGAGCCCAAGUCCCUAGCAGCACUAAGAGAUGAGAAAUUCUUGGGCCGUUUUGCGAAUGUGCCUGUCUUUCCAAUUGGGCCGUUAAUGAGGCCCAAUGUAUCUUCCGGCUUGAGGGGUGAUGUGUUUGAUUGGCUAGAUGAGCAGCCCAAUGAAUCUGUGAUUUACGUGUCCUUUGGAAGCGGUGGGGCCUUGUCGUAUGAACAAAUGGUCGAGCUAGCUUGGGGUUUGGAGAUGAGUCAACAGAGGUUCGUUUGGGUCAUUCGGCCGCCUAUCAUAUCAUCUGCCGACGAAAUAUUUUUCACGGCAGGGAAUCACAAUGGUGAGAACAACAAUCUAACUAAAUACUUGCCCAAGGGGUUUUUGGGCCGAACCAAGGACAUUGGGUUUGUCAUCCCUUUGUGGGCUCCACAAGUGGAUAUCUUGGCCCAUCCAUCGGUCGGAGGGUUUUUGACACAUUGCGGGUGGAACUCAACCCUUGAAAGCAUCACCAAUGGAGUACCAAUGAUCGCUUGGCCGCUCUACGCUGAGCAAAGGUUGAAUGCUACGUUGUUGACAGAGGAGCUAGGGGUGGCGGUUCGGUCAAAGAUACCCCCAUGGAAGAAUGUGGUGGAGAGAGAAGAGAUAGAGGAAAUGGUGAGGAAAAUUAUGGAGGACGAAGAAGGUUUUGCAUUGAGAGAUAGAGCCAAGAAUCUUAAAUUCAGUGGGGCAAAAGCUUUGGAACAAGGUGGUUCGUCUUAUGAUGCUCUUUCUCAGUUCACUAAACAUGCUGACAUGUUAGUGCAAUUUGCAAAUGGUGUUGAUUCUUCUUCCCAAGUUCCGUGA